UUGAGGGUUUUUGGGGGGGAUUUUGGGGGUCUCCGCCAUGGCCCCCCCCCGGCAGGACAAGCGCGGCUCCAUCGUCCCCUGCGUGCUCCUGGUGGAGGUGGGGAUUUUGGGGGGCACGGCAGCCCUCGCCUACCAGCUGGAGUUCACCGACGCCUUCCCGGUGCACGUGGGGGGUUUCUUCUGCCGGGACCCCGAUUUUGGGCGCCCCUACCCGGGACCCCCCGGGCUGAGCCGGGCCCCCCCCGCCCUGGUCUAUGCCCUGGUCACCGCCGUGCCCGCCCUCACCUCUCGCCUGGCCAAGCCCGCGGCGGUUUUGGGGUUCGCGGCCCCCCCGUUCCUGCUGGGGGCUCUGCGCGUGGCCGAGCACCGCAACAGCUGGGGAGGGGUCCUGGGGGGCUUCCUGUGCGGCACCGCCAUCGCCGCCUUCCUGAUCCCAAAACCCGACCCCAAAAUCGGCCCCAAAAACGAGAGGAGGGUCCCCAAAAUGGACCCCAAAAACCGGCCCCAAAAUCGAGGGGGAGACCCCAAAAACCGGCCCCAAAAUCGGGGGGAGGGUUCGUCGGGCAGAAUUCCCAGCGGUGACCUGAGAGAAAAUCGGGAAUUCGGGAUCCGGGAAUUUGGGAAUGCCGGGAUUGGGGGGAGGGGUCGGAAAUUUGGGGAUCCCGGAAUUUGGGGAUCCCGGAAUUUGGGGAUCCCGGAAUUUGGGGAUCCCGGAAUUCCCGGGGAGCCUGGAAUUCGGGAAGCCCGAAAAUUGGGAUCCCGAAAUUUGGGGAUCCCGAAAAUUCGGGAAGAGCCUGGAAUUCGGGAAGCCCGAAAAUUUGGAGCCGGGAGUUUGGGAUCCCGAAAUUCCCGGGGAAUCCCGAAAAUUCGGGAAUCUGGGGAUCCCGAAAUUCGGGAUCACGGAGUGAAAGGAUCCCGAAAUUUUGGGGGAGCCUGA